GAAAGCGACGUUGACAUUUCAACAAACCAAAACAAAUAAUUUCCGUGCAGCGAUAAAAUUCAAGUUUUCAAAUUGAGGAAAAUGUGAGAAGACAAUCCAAUUUCAGAACCACAAAAAUCAAAGCACCUAAAUAAUGGGAUUCCUCGGCGACACAAUUAUCAUAUUCGUGUCUCAGAUUUGUUUUUUUGCCGGUGGUUGGAUAUUUUUUGUCAAGCAACUUUUCCGCAACUAUGAAGUUCGCCACGUCUCGGUGCAGCUUAUUUUUUCGAUCACAUUUGCAUUGUCGUUGACAAUGUUCGAAUUGAUCAUUUUCGAAAUUGUUGGAUUGCUCGACUCUAGCAGUCGAUACUUUCAUUGGAGACUGGGUCUAACUGCGCUACUGUUCAUGGUGAUUGCGUUGAUACCGUUCUACAUUGCCUACUCGAGUAUCAGCAAUAUUAGAAUUGUGCCUUCUCGUUGGAUCAAAACACUGUCGGUACUCACAUGGUUCGUGUUUUUAUACGGUUUUUGGCGAAUCGGCGACGGAUUCCCACUGUUGAGUGUGUCGCAAGGAAUUUUUACAAUUGAACAGGCUGUUUCCCGAAUCGGAGUUAUCGGAGUCACGGUGAUGGCUUUGUUAUCCGGCUUCGGUGCAGUAAAUUAUCCGUACACAAGCAUGACGUACUUCAUUCGGCCGGUGAGCCAAAGUGACGUAAUUCUGUUGGAACGGCGACUAAUGCUUACGAUGGAUAUGAUUUUGACAAAGAAAAAACGAAUCGCAAUUGACAAGCGACGAAAUAAACCAGCGAACACGUCCAGUGGAUUGUGGGGCAUGAUAAGCAGUGUGACUCAGCGGCCACCGGGAUCCGAGAACAUCGGUCAACUGAGAUUAGAAAUUUCCGCACUGGAGGAACUGUCGCGUCAAUUGUUCCUCGAAGUUCAUUCACUGCGAAAUAUGCAAGAGCGCCAACGCUGGGCGACCACAUUGCAGGGGAAAUACUUCAAUGUGCUGGGACAUUUUUUCAGCGUGUACUGCAUGUGGAAGAUUUUCAUAUCGACGAUAAACAUCGUAUUCGAUCGGGUGGGAAAGAAGGAUAUGGUGACCCGAGGUCUGGAGAUCGCCGUCCACUGGUGUGGAUUCGAAAUGGACGUGGCGUUUUGGAGUCAACACGUUUCGUUCAUAUUGGUCGGAUGUAUUGUCGUUACAUCGAUUCGAGGCUUAUUGCUAACGUUGACUAAGUUUUUCUACAAAAUUUCGUCCAGUAAAUCGUCCAACAUCAUCGUCCUGGUUCUCGCUCAGAUUAUGGGAAUGUAUUUCUGUUCGUCGGUGCUGCUGAUGCGAAUGAACAUGCCGUCAGAGUAUCGUGUCAUCAUCACUGAAGUACUGGGCGGGCUACAUUUCAAUUUCUAUCAUCGUUGGUUCGACGUAAUUUUUCUGGUCAGUGCGAUUACCACAAUCGUCGUACUGUAUCUGCUUCACAAGCCACCCCAUUCAGACGCCAUGGACAAUUAAGCGACCAAAUACAUUUCGUUGAUGCAAUUCCCCACACUAAUACGACCGUAUAAGUUUACAGUUUGUUGAUCCCGACACAAAGUGAGUAUUUUGUUAUUCGUUCCAUUUUGUAUCUCUCGUUAUGACCUUAAUGUAAAUAAAUUAUUGAUAAACAUUG